UGUUGUGAUGGAAGCAGCAAAAAAAUCUGAAGGAGACAGAAAAACGCCCAAAAUCCGACAAUUUCAGAGCAGAGAUAUCAGAAUCAGUAAAUCCAAGCGGGAAUCAAACACAAUCUGGAUAAAAAUCAUUUCCAUCUGGAGUAACAGGUGUGGAGCCGGUGCACAUGUUCACCACAUCACAGUCGGAUCAUGUGAUCCCUCUACACCCCUCACCAUCAUGACGCAUAGCGUACCCGCUCAUCCGCAUCAUUGACUCUGACUGGAUACGGAGCAGCACAACCCAUGAUGAUUUAUGGAUUAAUACCUCAGGAGUUACACCAACAGCUCCUGGACCACCAGAACUAUCAGAAUCGGACCAAUGGAGUGGAGGAGUUAAAGAACAUCCUGCUGGAGCUGGAUCUGAACCAGGUGACCUCCAGCAGCAUUACCGAAUUCAUCCAGUUUUUACGAAAACUUUUAGAUGACAACAACUUCAAGGUCUUGUAUGGCACCUUACAGAUCAUCAACCUGCUGAUAGUGAAACUAGAGUACAACGUUGACCGAUAUUACAAAGAGAUCGUUUCGGUCACGCUAAAAACUCUGGGCGAUUCUCGUAACGUCACCCGACACGAAUACAUGAACGUUUUUAGGCAGCUCAUGAGAAUCGUGGGUCCUCAAAGAGUAUUGGACCUCAUGAUGGGUCAGCUCAAGCACAAGAACUCCAGGGUUCGAGAGGACGUGCUUAACAUCAUCACGGCAGCCAUGCUCACACACCCCCGGAAGGACUUCAACAUCCCCGCUUUGUGUUUAGAAGUGGCUCCCACCCUUGGAGACAGCAAGAAGAAAGUACGUCAUGCCGCCCUGGAGCUUUUCGCCGUGUUUGACUAUUGUCUCGACACAGGCAAAAAGCAAGCGCUCGUGAAAGCCAUCGACAGGGCGGAGCUCACAGGAGAGGCAGACGGCGCGAUGGCAGCCGUGCAGGCCCGUAGAGCUCGUCACGUCCUCCCUCGGCUGUUGCCCGACGGCACGGUGGAAUACGCUCUCGUCCUUCCCAAACCCGGACAGAGACGUUUGCCUCAGUUCGGCUCCGGGGCCGAUCUUGACUGGGUUUUGAAUGGAGGCAAAGCUCGUGGUUCGCGUGGCCUUCACGCUGGCAAAGACUCUGAUCGGACGUGUGGCUUCGGCGCUCCGGUGUCCCUCGCCGAUAACGCCGCUCAUCAGAGGAGGAUCGUGAGUGCGGGGAAAAAGAAACUGCCCUGGGAGAAGUCUGCGCUUCCUUCCUCUGUGAGGCCGCAGGCCCAGAGCACAUCAAACGGAAGAUCACCUGAUCGGAUAAGCAGUGAUGAUCUGACACCCAAACAGCACACAACCUCCAGUAAAUCCAGUUUAUCAGAACCUUUGCAGCUUCGAUCUCCAGGCAGCACACGCCGCUCAUUGGGUCGACAUCGCCGCAGUGGAAGUUUAGACUCCGAUCCAGAGAUUUUCAAAGCGGCGAAUCUCUACGAUCUUCAGAAAGGUUUGUCCAAGACGAGUGGUUUUCUGUCUAGUAGCCUCAGUAUGGAGCGAACUUUCUCACUACCCUCCAACUCGACACCACCGGGGUCUUUCCUGUUACCCUCGUACCCACUGACCUCACUGACGGGGAGUCUGCUGACCCCGACCUUACCUCGCCGAAAUCCUGCCGACUCCUCGCUCUCUACAUCUAACACCUGGCCUAACAAACGGGACAUCAGCCCGUGUGUCAGGAGGGACGUCACAGGUGAGGUGAGGUCUCCGCUGCCUCCUCGUGCAGCACGAUCCGGUCAGUCAUCGACCUCUUCCGUCCGUCAGAGACCCCCGUUGCCCGCCUCCCCUCCAACCUCAGGUAGAAACCUGCAUCUGGAGCUGUCUCUCAGCGGAGCACGAGAGCUCACAGAGGAGCCGCUCGACAGGGAGGAGAUGCUGAAGUCUCUGCGCUCGCUGCGGAACAGCGCCGCUAAAAAACGGGCAGCGGUCAGUGCGAGCGGCUCCGACCCAGAUCCCGAAAGUCCCGACUCGGCCGUUAAACUGGAGCUGGUUCCUGAUUCUCCGGAAGAGACGUCCCCGUCCGUGGCCAGUCCUUUGAGUGAAAGCGGCUUGAGCAGCCUCUGCUCGCCCCCGACGCCCACCGGCACCAAGAGCAGCCCUGUGAACUCUGCUGCAAAAGCACGUAUGACACACGUGCCCUCAGGGAAACAUGUGACAGGGCCUGAAGGAGACGUCAGCGCUCGAGGAUCUCAGCGGCAUGUGUCAAAGUCAAGCAGCGCACGUGAGAUGUCAGAGGGGGUAAUUGGACGAGGAGUGUUCGGUUCUGUUGUUCCUGUCGGUCCCCCCGGUGUGACGGCAUCUCCUGAGCAGGGCGAUUCGGUUGGCAAAUCCCCCCGUGAGCCCCCGUCAGGGGUUUACGGCCACGCAUUUGUCACCGGCCACGUGGACAGCGCUGAACCACGGGAGGAGAAGAUCAAAAUGUCCAAGUUCGCUCGUGAGAAGAUGCGGCAGCAUCGUCUAGAGCAGCAGCAAACUGUAGCCGGUCAGGAACCAGUGAGACGACAUCUGACGCGCACCCUCGCUGAUGAUGUCGACUGUUUGAAAGGCUUGAGGCUACACGAUUCGCUCUCGGUCGAGACUCCCUCCAGGCUGCAACCUACCCAAAAUCCAGUUGACUGUUUUAGCCCCGCCCAUCAGCCCACCCCCCCUAUAGGCCCAUCUAAUAGAAACGCGCCGCCACGGCUCAGGCGAACUUCUAAUCUGACCCGGACCCGACCUUCAGGCUCACACAGCUCUGAUGAGCAGAUUCCUGGGACUCCUAAAAAAGAUGGUCAGGAUCAGACAGUCCUGCGACCGUUCUCUAAACCUGAGCUGUCUCUCACUCAGAGCUUCAGAUUGAUCGCCUCAGAUGACUGGGAAAAGAAGAUCGAGGGAAUGAACGUCCUGCGUAGUUUGACUCAGUAUCAUCCUGAUGUUCUUGUGAGCAGAACUCAUGAUGUUUGUCUCGCGCUCAUUCAGGAGGUUCGUAACCUGCGCUCGGGAGUGUCUCGUGUCGCCGUGGUGACGUUAGCCGAGAUGUUCGCCGCUCUACAGAAAGGAAUGGACCAGGAGCUUGAGGGGACCGCCAGAGCUCUGCUCCAUAAAGCCGGAGAAACCAACACGUUCAUCAGACAGGACGUGGAUAAGGCGCUGGACAGUAUGGUGCAGAACUGCACGGCCACACGCAGCAUGAACGCGCUGCUCGUCGGAGGACUCGGCCACUUGAACUCAGUGAUUCGUAAAUGCACCGCUCAACAUUUGACCUCUCUGGUGGAGAAGGUCGGAGCCGCCCGCUUGCUGUCUGGAACUAAAGAUCUCACCGACCGUCUGCUGCCUGCCGUCUCUAAGCUGUCGCAGGAUUCAUCUCAAGAGGCCAGGUACUUUGGCCGGCGGAUGCUGCUGUUUUUAUCUUCUCAUCGUGACUUUGAUAAAAUGUUGGAGAAGUUUGUCCCUGCUAAAGAUCUGCCUACUAUCAGAGACGCCAUCUUCACUCUUAAGACUAAGGGUUUGGGUGAGAUGCCUCAGGACGCCCCAUCAGCACGAGGCCGACGCUCUCUCCAAGGCACCUCGUCCCACUCACGGGAACCUCUUGUGACUAACAGCAGAGACUGCGGUCAGUUCAUCAUCAGUAAAGCAGCCGUCCACAGCCUUGCAGACAGAAGUGAAUACAUCAAACAGAUGAACAUGCUGCUGAACUCCAAGGAUUUCAGAGAGCGAAUCAAAGCCAUCGAUCAGUUGGAGUCAGAUUGUGAAGAGAACCCAUCUCUGGUCAUCAGCAGUUUGUUCCCGGUUUUUGAUGCUCUGAAGGCCCGUCUGCAGGAGUCCAACAGUAAAGUCAACCUGCGGGCGCUGGAAGCUUUACAGAAGAUCAUCUUUGUGCUGAAAGACAACCUCACGCAAGUGCUCAAUAUUCUCAUUCCAGCUAUAGUGGACAAUCAUCUCAACUCGAAAAACAACGCCAUAUACACAGCAGCGCUGGGGGCCGUCCAGGCGCUCCUCCAUAAUAUCGAUAACAGUCUUCUCCUGCAACCCUUCUGCUCAAAGGCUCAGUAUGUGAGCGGGAAAGCCAAGCUGGAUCUUAUUGAGAAGGUGGCAGAGCUGGUGAUGGAGCUGUACCCACGCAAACCUCAGCUGGUGGAGCAGAAGGUUCUUCCUCUCUUCUGGCAUCUGCUCAGUUCCUCCAGUAACAGCGGAGCCGCUCACGGCCGCGGCGGCAGCACCAGCGUCCGGACGGCCACCGCUAAACUGGGCAAAGCCUUGCACGCGCACAUGGGCCGAUCGCUGGUGGAAUACGCCGAGUCGCAGAACGCAAACGUUCAAAGCGACUUCAAUGAGCUCCUGAGGACCAUCUCUGUAACAGAGGAUUCCACUUGAAUUAAACUAUAAAUGUGCACACGUGCUCCUGCGUUUCCCACAGUGCCUGGAUUUUUUUCUGUCUGGUUGGGUUUUUUGUUUUAAAGAGAGAGUAUAACUCUAAAUAAAAAUCUUUUAACUGAUUUUAACACAAUUAUUAUAGAAGAGAAAGAGAGAGAGAGACCAAAUAUUUCUUGUUGAAAUGUUUUUAAGCUCAUCUGAUGUGAUGGUAUCAGGUCAGAGCUCUUUGUCGCUUUGCACUUUCCAGGAUUAUUGUAACACUAUUAUGAUAAUUGUUGUCAUGGUGGUGACUGAAUUUUGUUGUUUCUUUGUAAGAUUUCAUGCAAAAGCACUACAGAAUG